AUGUAUCAGCUAACAUUGGCCCUCUUCAUUGCAUUCCUCUUCUUCAGUCACCCCUGCGGAACUGAGACCAUCUCCUCUAACUCGUCAACCAUUCUGGCUGACAUCUACAGGCCCUUCCUCACCAACCUGCCCCAGAAUCCUGCUCGGUUUAACCCUUUCCUAGGCGGACAAAGCUUUGACGUUUGCUGCCAGUUAGUUGUCAAUGAAAGCCUUGUCAUCGACAAUGACACCCUCCGCAUCCGACCUGGCCAGACGUUCUAUCGUGGGAAUAUGGCAACGUUGGAAAGAUUCCCUUCUUUUCCCUGUUUUGCCAAGUUUAACGGCACCAUGGCGGGACCACCUGAGGACUUCUGGACGCCCUAUUCCUGGUGCCGCCGUCGUUGCCCCGGAUGGGCCGCUACAAAGCCGGAAGGCUUCGCCAACUGGCUGAAGCCGCUGAUAGCAUUCAUCCUGCCAUCUCUAAUCUUCUGCCUCAGUAUCCCACGAAGACGGCGAAUUGAGAUCCCCGGGAGCCUCUUUUCUGGCCCGGGUGGAGUCCGAGGAGCGCUGCUCUACGCCCUCAAGAUUCCUGCAGCGUUCGUCAUCGUUACCGUUGAUGUCCUUGUAUGGCUCUCGGUCGUUUUCGCCACCUCGGGUCCCAUUCUGGUUUCUGCCAUCUACGACGCGCUGCUCGACGCUAGGAUCCUUAGAUUCCUCCAAAGGCGCGCCGGUUCCAAUCGCCUGACCAUCCGCAAUCGCGCUCAUCUGUUGCUGGUCGUUCUGCUCGGCAACCUCGACUUUGAACCUGCCUGGCUCCAUUCCAAGCUGUUUGUCCGAGAACUUCCCCAAGACGAUUUCUUGCCUCCGCCCAGCGCACCCGCGGCUGCCAACGGCGAAGCAUCCUCAACGAGCCCAUCGCCAGUCUGUCAGGAUGCGGCGGUUGAAGCCAAAGGAAGCUUGACGGCAGCCUCGCCAAUAACUCCCACGCCGCUAGAGGUUUCUUGGGGCGGUGACUCCGCCUCCUUCCAGCUACAAUCCGUGAAAUCUAAACUCCGAGCCAUGUUGGACUCCCAGGCUAGCUUCGGGACCACGGUUGGGGCACCUGUGUUGUUCUACCUCGCUUCCUUCAUAUGGAGCGUUUACGAAAUCGAGUCUUCCUAUGGCACCUAUCAAUCGGCACAUCAAAUCGCAUUCGGCCUGUUGUGGAUGACGAUCCCGCACAUUGCGCUCGUCACCAGCCUUCUCCUCGCAGGAAGCAACCCUAGCGUUUUCCAGGCCGCCGUCCCGCGGGACGGACGAGCGGCCAGCAUAUCCGCGCACUUGGAGAAUGGCAAGACCGACGACGUUCGAGCGCAGAUACGGUACCUCUCCCGGAGGCUGCAGAAAGUCCAAAUCCCUUACGAAUCCAUGCACGGCAACUCGCCCUACAGAGCUGCGUGGAUCUGGAAUCAAGGGUCCAACAAGGCGAGAUGGGUCGCAAGGUUUGCCGACGAGUAUCGUCCCCAUCUUGACUCGGUUCAUAAAGAGGUCCUGGGCCAUCGCUUCGGGAGCACCCUGUGGGUGGCUGGAUUUUCAGCCUUCAUUCUCAUUUUCAUCCCGGUCUUCUUUGGUGGGAUGGUGAGUUAUCAUACGCCUUCCGUCGGACUCGGCUGCUGGUCUUUGACGAUGUUAUCCUAUGGGGUUAUUCAGCUCCUUCUUAUCAUCCUCUGGCUGGUGAGCAUUUUCAUCUGGCAACGCGGUGACGACGGGAAAGUGAUCCACGAUGCUGCUAUGGUCGGAACGGCUGGCACAUGGUACGGGCAUGUAUGGUAUGCUAGCUUCGCUUUCUCCGUCUGCGUCAGUGUAUUUACGUCGAUUGGUGGGACAAUUUUUAUCAUGAUUGGGUUAUUCAGCAAUUGCUUGUGCUUUACCCCGGCAAGGUAUUGGAUAGACAUCAUGACGAAUCCCGAGGCGGUCAUCUUCUGGAAUGGCGCCACCGACUCGCAGCUGUAUAACUCGCAGAAGUGGUGGUUUCCCACUGGCGCCACCGGGACCGUUUUCAUGGCCGUCAUUGCGUAUCUGGGAUGGUGGUACCAAAAGCGCCUUAGGGCAGUGUUUCAUGAUCUCGUGGAAGAGAUAUAG